AUGUUUAAAGUAAUUUCCAAGGUCCUUGCAAACAGAAUUAAAGGUGUGCUAUCUGAUUUAAUUGAUGAGUGUCAAUUUUAUUUUGUUGGUGAAAGGAAUAUGCAGGUCAGUGUACUGGUUGCAAAUGAGGCCAUUCAUGAGGCAAAGAGGAGAAAAAUGUCAACUUUUGUUCUAAAAGUUGAUUAUGAAAAGGAUUAUGAGUCUGUUGAAUGGAGCUUUCUGUUUUACAUGCUCAAAAGGAUGAAUUUUGGUGAAAACUGGGUGAGGUGGAUACGAGGAUGCUUGGAGUCUUCGACAAUAUCUGUAUUAGUGAAUGGCAGUCCAUCAGAAGAGUUCAAAUUGGAAAAAGGUCUUCGCCAGGGUGACCCCCUUGCGCCCUUUUUAUUUAUAAUUAUUUCAUAG